AUGAGAUGUUGUAGGAAGAAACCUAAAGACAAAAAUGCGAAAAAAGGAUAUCCUAAAAUUUCUUUUUUUAAACUGUUCCGAUAUGCAGAUUGGAAGGAUAUAUGUGCACUAAUUACUGGAGUCAUUUUUGCAGCAGCGGUUGGCACAGCAUUUCCACUCAAUGUGUUUAUAUUCCGGGGUGUUGUAGAUCAAUUUACUGAGGUGUCUGUUAUAGCAGAAAACAUAUAUGGCACAGUGAAAUGGUUUGCUGUUCUCGGAGCUGCUAUGUUCGUUGCUGCUUUCCUCCAAGACUUCUGCAUGAACAUAUCAGCUAGUCGACAGAUAAACCGCAUACGUCUCCUUUAUUUCAAGAGUAUUUUACGGCAAGAUAUCCCUUGGUUUGAUGAACAGUCGUCUGGAGCACUGAUUAGCAAACUCUCCCAAAAUAUCGACUUGAUUGAACUUGGAAUCGGAACAAAAAUUGGAGAAUUUAUAAAAAAUAUAUCAGGAUUCAUAGUAGGCAUUGUAAUAAGCUUUACAGCAGGAUGGAAACUUACUCUUGUUGCAUGUGCUAUGCUGCCCAUUAUUACUGCAGUAUUUGGAUGCUUUGGAUUUGCAAUGAAAUAUUUCACUAUGAAGGAAAUAGCUGCUUAUGCACGUGCAGGUUCAAUAGCUGGGGAAGUUUUAGAGUCUAUACGAACUGUUAUUGCAUUUGGUGGGGAGAAGAAAGAACUAGCAAGGUACAGCGAACAACUAGGAAUGGCCGAAAAAGUCGGUGUUAAGAAGUCGACAGCGACUGGUGGAGUAUUGGGUGCAAUCGGACUAACAAUCUUUUGUUCUUCUGCUCUGAUCUUUUGGUAUGGUAUUAAAUUAAUUAUAGAAGAAAAUUACAGUUCUGGAUCAGUUAUAAUGAUAUUUAUUAAUGUUCUUCUUGGAAGUAUUUUCUUGGGCAAUGCUCUACCAAGUUUUCAAUAUUUUAUGAAUGCGCAGGCGUCAGCUGUUGACAUUUACGGGACAAUUGAACGUAUUCCUCAAAUUGAUAAGGAUUGUGAUGGAAGUCUUCUACCUAACUUUUCUGGAAAUGUGACAUUCAAGAGUGUCUCUUUUGUAUAUCCAAGUCGAUCAGAUAUUACUGUUCUAAAGAAUUUCAGUCUAACCAUCAAAAGUGGUCAAACCGUGGCACUUGUCGGACCAAGUGGUUCAGGAAAGAGUACUAUCGUCCACAUGCUACAAAGAUUCUAUGAUCCAGUAGAAGGCGAGGUGCUGAUUGAGGGUGAGAAUAUAAAAAAUCUGGACCUUAAAGCUUAUCGUGGCCAGAUAGGCUGUGUUCAGCAAGAACCAAUACUUUAUGAAGGAACAAUUAGCGAUAAUAUUAGAUUAGGAAAGCUCGAUGCAACUCAAGAGGAGAUAGAAGAGGCUGCAAAGCUUGCCAACGCUCAUGAUUUUAUAAAAGAUCAACCAAAUGGAUAUGAAACUUUCGUGGGUGAACGAGGUGGUGGCAUGUCAGGUGGUCAGAAGCAACGUAUUGCAAUCGCCCGAGCCCUUAUCAGACAACCAAAGUUACUGCUGUUGGAUGAAGCUACGUCAGCUCUUGACACAAAGUCAGAACAUAUUGUUCAAAUGGCUCUAGACAAAGCAAGCUCAGGCAGGACAGUAGUAGUUGUUGCCCAUCGUCUUACCACAGUUCGUAAUGCAGAUUUAAUAAUUGUGCUUGACAAGGGGGUUGUUCGUGAAUCUGGCACACAUGAUGAACUUGUGGCCAAAAAUGGCCUUUAUGCUACGAUGCUUAACAACCAGGGUAUAACUGAGAAAGUUGAAUCUGAGGAUACUGAAGCAAAUGAUGACGAUAAGCUUGGAACUGUAGACAAUGCUCCAAAGCAAGUUGACAAUGUUUGGAGACUAGAAGAUGAAAAUGAUAAUCUAUCAGAAAGUACUCAUAGCUUACGUCGUAGAAGCUUUUCAAUUAUUUCAGCAUCUUCUGUUGCACGCGCCAAGUUAAAACGACUAAAAACUUCACCAACAAUGAGAAUUAUGCAGCUUAAUAAACCUGAACUACCUUUAAUAAUUGCGGGAUGUUUUUGUUGUUUAAUAAGUGGAACGAGUCAACCAGCAUUUGCAAUCCUCUACUCUGAAGUGUAUGAUAUUUUCACUUUACGAUCAAAUCCAGACCUAAUGUCUAGUCGAAUGAGUCUUAUUAGUGGGAUAAUGGUAUUGAUAGGUAUUCUACGUUUUACUGCUAAUAUCACCCAGGGAUUUCUUUUCGGAAAAUCAGGAGAAAAAUUAGUCAAGCGUAUACGUUCUAUGGUUUUUGAAGCAAUGUUGCGUCAGGAAGUUGGAUGGUUUGAUGAACCUGAAAAUCAGGCUGGAGCAUUAACUGCAAAACUUGCAACAGAUGCAGCAAAGGUGGCAAUGGUUUCAGGUUCACAAAUGGGUUUCCUAGUUGAAGCUCUAGCUUUAAUACUGAUGUCUCUUAUUGUUGCAUUUAUUUAUAGUUGGCAAUUAACGCUUGUUAUACUUGCAUUCUAUCCACUUAUCGUUAUUGGAGGAGUUUUACAGAUGAGAUCUAUGUCAGGAGGAGGGGGUAGAGAUAAGAAAACGAAUAAUUCAAUGAGAAUCGCUCAAGAGGCUAUCGGCUCAAACCGUACACUAACUACACUCACUCUAGAGGAUUAUUUUCAUAAGCGUUUCAAGUCAUUUGCCAUUGAAAACUAUAAAAAGAAUGUGAAGAAGUCAAUAUUAUACGCUCUAAUGUAUGCUCUCACCGAGUCUGUGCAGAUGUUUUCAUUUGCAGCCGCAUUUGCUCUUGGUGCAUACCUGGUCUCAACAAAUACAAUACAACUGUUGGCAGUAUUCAGGGUUUUCUCAGUUAUCACUAUGAGUGCACAGGCUCUUGGUCGUUCAGCAUCAGUAUUUAUGGGUGCUAAAACAGCAAAAGUUGCGGCUAAAAAUAUACUUGCACUUCUAGACAGACAUCCACGUAUCCCAACUGAUUUGGGUACUAUACCAUUGAAUCCAUUUCUGGGCAAAAUUUCAUUCAAUCAUGUUUAUUUCAAAUACUUGAAUCGAUCAGAAAGGCCAGUUUUAAAGAAUUUUUCUCACACAGUUGAACCUGGUCAAACAGUUGCUCUAGUUGGACAUUCUGGAUGUGGAAAAUCAACUUUACUACAAUUAGUAAUGCGAUUCUAUGACCCAUCAUAUCAUGGCGAUGAUAGCGAGAAUAUUGCAUAUGGUGAUAAUACUCGGGAGGUAACAAUGGAUGAAAUUAUCGAGGCAGCACGUGCAGCCAAUAUUCAUGACUUUAUUUCAACCCUUCCAGAUCAAUAUGAAACAAUAGUUGGACAACGUGGGUCGAAGCUUUCUGGUGGACAAAAGCAAAGAAUAGCUAUAGCCAGGGCAUUAGUUCGCAAGCCUGUUUUACUUCUAUUGGAUGAAGCCACAUCUGCUUUAGACAAUGAAAGUGAACGUAUUGUUCAAGAAGCACUUGAUGCUGCUAUGGGUUCAAGAACUUGUUUAGUUGUUGCUCAUCGAUUAUCAACAGUAGUCACUUCUGAUUUAGUAGUUGUUUUACAAGAUGGACGAAAGAUAGAAGCGGGGCCACCAGCAGCACUAUUAGAUAUAAAGGGAGCAUUCUACGCCCUACAUCAUAUGGAAAACUGA